ACAGAGCCCUGCACACAGGAAGCUGAGGCCUGCCCCCCACUGGCCACGGCUCCAGCUCUCCGGGGACCCACCUCCAUCUGCCUGCCCAGGCCAGCUGCCCAUCUCCUUGGGCCCCAGGGACCCGGUGGGCAUCUCGGGGACCCCCAGUCCCGCUUCUCCUCCCCGCUACCUUGUGCAGUGUUGGGGUGUCCUCUGCACCUUCCUCUCUGUCCCCCCACCUCCCCACCCUGGGCCCGGGCUCUGUUCCUUCCAGGCCUCCUGGCCUGGCGUGGCUGGAGCCCCCUAGUCCACCACCUCCAGGUGUGCCCCCCAUCACCUACACCCAACAGGUCCCCCUGAGAGGCGCACCCCCCUGUGCUGGGCACCGCAGGCCUCCAGGAAGCACCCCCUGGCCCCAGCUCUGCCCUGUCCCCCGUCCCAUCCAGUCCUGCUUACUCUCGGGGUCCACUGCUCCGCCCGAGUGUCCCUCCUCCCUGCCCCAACCUGGGGGCCCAGACAGGCAGCUCCGAAUGUCCUGUCUUGCUGGGCUGCUGCCCACAGGAGGCAAGAAGCCCAGGCCCCCGCCACCUCCCACCUGUCCACUCGGACCCCCCAGUGCGGGGCCUGCUCCGCCUCCCUCCAGGGAGCCUUCCAGAUGGUGCCCACCAGCUCAGCUCCUCCGUCCAGCAGCCCCUGGAUGGGGGGUGGCGGGCGGCGGGUGACCUGCAUGCGGGGCCCUGCACCUCCCCUCACAGCAGCCAGGCCAGAGCCCAGGGCUGGGUGGCCAAGCCCACCGAGGGAUGAGGGUCACUGGGCACCAGGUGUGGGCAAGCUACGCAGCCGGGGGAGGGAGUGGGAGCCAUGCAGGUGCCCCCCCAAAAGCGGGGGCAGUGCAGGAGGCGCAUGCCCACACCUGGCCGGACCCUGCCCUCCCAGGUGGCCCGUCUCAGCCCAGGAGCAGGACCCCAGGCUGACUUCAGACUCAGCACCAUUUGGGGGGGGCAGGCAGCCUGGGGGGCGAGGGGACCCGAGUCACGUCCCCGCCUGCCCUCCCGCCCCCAGGUGGCCUUCAUCCACUUCUUCUUCAACGUGGCUGGCAUUCUGCUGUGGUACGUGGUGCCCGUCCUGCGGCUGCCCAUCCCGCUGGCCAAGCGCUUCGGGGACGUGACGGCGCGCUACCGCUGGGUGGCGGUGGCCUACCUGCUGCUCAGCUUCCUGCUGCUGCCGCUGACCUGGGGGCCCAGACAGGCAGCUCCGAAUGUCCUGUCUUGCUGGGCUGCUGCCCACAGGAGGCGAGAAGCCCAGGCCCCCGCCACCUCCCACCUGUCCACUCGGACCCCCCAGUGCGGGGCCUGCUCCGCCUCCCUCCAGGGAGCCUUCCAGAUGGUGCCCACCAGCUCAGCUCCUCCGUCCAGCAGCCCCUGGAUGGGGGGUGGCGGGCGGCGGGUGGCCUUCAUCCACUUCUUCUUCAACGUGGCUGGCAUUCUGCUGUGGUACGUGGUGCCCGUCCUGCGGCUGCCCAUCCCGCUGGCCAAGCGCUUCGGGGACGUGACGGCGCGCUACCGCUGGGUGGCGGUGGCCUACCUGCUGCUCAGCUUCCUGCUGCUGCCGCUGCUGCUGGCCGCCGGGGGCCAGGCGCCCCGCACUCCCACGGCGGCCUCACCCUCGCCCUCGCCCCCAGCUCGUGCACUGAGAGGGGAGAGGCUGAGGAGCCAGCUGCAGACCCCUCCCCCGGGGACGCUCGGGGUGAUGCCCCAUGGGCCGCCUGUCCCAACGGCCGACCCACAGAGGAAGCUGCUGCAGGGAACACUGUGA